AAAUGCUUGAAGUUGCUCGUAGUCAUUAGUUAUGCAGACAGACACCAAGACUUAAAAUAUGUUACUAGUAGCCUAAGCCCUAAUGAGUUCUCCCCAAACGACGUAUUGCUGGAUCCAACGGAUGAGGCGAAGGACAGAUCGAAGAAAACGGAGGUCGAAGAGAGACAAUGGCGCUCGGAAGGAGACGCGAUGAGACAAAAGGCGCUGAAGCACGCCUUGUUGUUGGCAUCCGCUGGAAUCACAGGUUCUGCGGCCUAUGCAUCGUUGACUGGAGUUAGUGGACGAGAUCAGUCGCGAGAGCCAGACCAGAAAAGCUUGAACGGCCAUGGCACCACUCGCAGUUUCUCUCGACAUGUAGUGGCAACCUCGUCCCAUCAUGGGAAAGAGACGUGCACUUCUCCAAGCAGUACUGCCAAACGAACCUAUGAAACGGAAGCAGACCACUAUUUCCAACGCCGUGGCAAGAUUCCUUUGCCCAAGACGAUGCAUGCCAAUCUGGUCGACUUGAUGGAGGAAACAAGCGAUGACGACGACGCUGCCAGUGACAAAAUUCUCGUGAUUGGAGAUGUUCAUGGCUGUUACGAAGAACUGAUGCUACUGCAUGAAAAGGCCAAGACAGAACACAACGACAAUCGUCCCUUUCGCUGUGUCAUUCUCGUGGGAGAUUUGUGCAACAAGGGUCCUUUUUCGGCCAAGGUCAUUCAACACGUGCGCAAGACUCCACGAUGGUUUUCCAUUCGAGGCAAUCACGAUGAUGCAGCACUGGCGGCAGCCUUGGGAGAUGAGACACGGAGACAAAAGAAGACGUAUCAGUGGGUAAUGGCAGCAACUGAAGCAGAAUCGUUGGAGGUGCUCUCCGAUGAGGACGUCUUGUGGAUGUCGGAAUUGCCCUACACCAUCCACAUCCCUAGCACUGUUCUGAGUGAUGCAAGAGAGGAAGAUGUGCUCAUUGUCCAUGCCGGUUUGAUCCCCAAGGUUCCUCUUGAGGAACAAUCGAUCAAGACUAUGGUCACCUUGCGAGAAGUAUGCCAGGAAGCGAGCACCGGAGAGUACACCGAUUUUGAUGAAAAGUCGCAGGAAUCGGAAAGGUUAGAUCCAGAACCAUGGGCUAGCGCGUGGAAGGGACCUUGGCAGAUCAUUUUUGGGCAUGAUGCACGGCGAGGUUUGCAACAAUAUGCAUGGGCUACCGGUUUGGAUACAGGUGCUGUCUACGGGAAACAGUUGACGGGAUUGGUACUUCCAGACAAAGCGUUGGUCCAUGUGAAAUCCAUCAAGGCGCACAGCCCUAUCACCUACAAGCAGAGUUAGUUCGUCAGACCUCGAAAACAGGGCCCAUUCUUAAUUUUGUUUACAGCACUGCAAG